UGUGCAUCAUUUCAAAUGUUCCUCAACGUCCCGAAUGCUGCUACUGCGCUUUGAGUGGUCCGGAGAGUUUUGACCACUCCUUUGAAUCUUUUCCUCCAUCUGCCUGCUAAUCACUUUCCAUGACAAAACUCAGCACAAAGAUUCCUCCGGUUCUUCUCUACGAACACUCUCCUCUGGCGGAACUUCUGCUUACUUGGAAAAAGUUCUCAAUUGAUUCCUUCCAGAACUUCUCACCCUGAAUGACGAGUGUGGGUUAAGAUUUGUCGCUGAGAAGACAAGCCACUCACGGAUAGUAGGAGGUCGUGAUGCAGUGAGAGGGGCAUGGCCCUGGCAAGUUAGCCUGCAGCUGGCGGGUAGCGACAUGCACGUGUGUGGAGCAACAGUUAUUAGUCAAUACUGGCUCUUAUCAGCAGCGCACUGCUUUCCUCAGAAAGACGGUUUAAACAACAAGCGUGUCUGGAAAGCAGUGAUGGGGCUGACGGAGCUGGAGAGGGCUGAUACAUGGACAACUACACGGAAAAUAGAAAGACUAGUACUACACGAGAAGUAUGCUAACCUCAAAAAUGAUGUGGCGGUGCUUAAAGUGGACCAGCCAAUCAAGUUUGGGGACUACAUCAGGCCAGCCUGUUUACCACAGCCAGGCAUCUUUCAUAUUGACAAAUGGACCAAAUGUCACGUUACAGGAUGGGGACUUAUGGAGCACAAUGGUAGGGAAGCAGGUACUCUUCAGGAGGCUCAAGUUGAAUUGAUUCCUUUGUCAACAUGUCAACAGAGCAACUGGUACGGCAAAUAUGUAGACGACAGAGUGAUCUGUGCUGGUUUUGCAGGUGGAGGUAUUGAUGCCUGUCAGGGUUCUUUUGAAGACCCUGAACUGGAGUUACAUGCUGACUUUGGUUCUUUGCGGCAAUGGGACCUGCUCUCGGGGUUCACAAGUGGCCGUUAUCUGACAUGCCAAGGGUGUGGCCCAAGAGUUCGGCUCGUCUUUGGAGGCCUACGGUCUUGGGGCUCUGGUGACGGGUGGAUCGAAGGUCGGUGUCCCGACAGUCCGGUGUGUUGUGGGAGCCGGAAGAUCUUUGGCUGUGUGCACAGAGACCUGAGAUCUUUGGGCACAGAUGCAAUGGACUUUUAAUAUCGUAAACCAGCAAGUUGUUUGUUAUGUCUCCCUUCUCGCUGUGAAAUAGGGACACCUCUUUCUCCCUUAUUAGGGAGAGAGAGAGCCUGUGGUAUGUCGAACUACCAGGUGAACAAGUAGUCUUUGGAGUACUGCAAGUCUGUGUCUUUGCUGAUGCUUUGCUGCACGCUUGAGUGCUCAGUGACUGGUGCUGACACUUUUUUUUGGUGGUGGGGGGAGGGGGGAUCGAUGCUCA